AUGCGAACAAAACUGACAACACGAUGCACAUUAUAUAUGAAGAAAGGCGUUAAAUGGAUCAUCAAUCAGUCGAGGUCAGGUUCGGGAGCUUUUGGAGGAGCGGAGGGAGCAGGGCCGCUGCCCGCACCGCCACUACCACAUCCCGAAUCACCGCACUUGGCACCCAUAGGACAUCCGCCAGGUCCACCAGGUGCCGCACCACCUCCAAACAUUCCAGCCAUUCCAGGCGCCUUAAUGUCUGCAAAGGAAAGCAAUGAUAUGCUUGCACUUGGGAUGAGUUAA